UUUAGAAUUAUGCCUCAAAUUGGAUUGGUGCCUCUAAGUAGGCACUGUAGUACAAUACAAAGUCGGUAGUGGAUAGCACUAGGUAAAAAGAGGAUAGGAAAGCCGAUGUGGCUUAACCUUAUUGUGGUGCUGGCCUUCGUGGCAGCUAGCGUGGCCGGCGAUCGCUACAGCGACUACUCGGCCGCCAAGAUGCCACAGUACGAAGGCGGUGACUACGACGCACCACGUGACUCCGUAGCCUCAGCUGUUCUCGAAUCUGAAGACUAUCAAGGUCACUCACCAGAUGCAUCCGCUUCACCUGACUAUAAGUAUGAAGGAGAACUUAAAGAGAAACAAAUCAAAUCAUCAUUGAAGGAAGUGGAAAGUGAGGACUUGUGGCAAAGACCUGUUAGACAACAGAGAAGUCGAUCACUCAUUGACAAUGAUGAUUACAUUGAAAUAGAUAAGCUUAGUCCCGAAGAUGUGAUACCAAAAUUAAAAAGCAGAUAUCGAUACGCAAAGCACAGGCCACGGCACAAAAGUUGGAAAUCCGAUAGAGAUGUACGUAUCAACAACAAUAAUAGAGAUGAAAAUGAAGAAGUUAAUGAUACAGAAAGCGAGGAGUUUAGAGAUAAAGUGGAUUUUCGAAGGAAUAAGAAUAAAAACUUGGAGGAUAAUGUAAACUAUGAGCAUAAAGUUACAACAAAUAAAAUAAUUCGGAGAAAGCCGAGGCGAUUGACUGCUGGAUUAAGGACAAGUAGGCCAGUGCAUGAUAUUGAAGAGGAUAUUGGUGACAUAUUACCAGACAGACGACUAAAAGAGGACGAGGCGUCUGAUGACGAUUUUAGUUUCGAUGCACCGCCUCGGAAUCGAUUGGGUAACAAUCGCUAUCGACCCUCGGACGAUGAGGAUAUUGUUGUUAAGCUACAUAAGAAUAAGCUAAAACAAGGCUCAUACUCAGAAUAUAAUGACUAUUACGAUAUGAAAAGGGUAAAUAAUAUUAAAAACAAGUUGCCAACUCUUCUUCAACGGACUAAAGCGAGGGCGUCCGCUCCGAGGCCAACAUCGCUGCUCGAAGACUUGUUUCCUGGUCGUCGGGCGAAUAAUGGGUAUAUAACUAUACCUGAAGUCGUCACGGAAGUUUUAAAGACGACAACCAGUUCAACUGAGACCAGUUCUCUUCAAACCAGCACUACUACUAUUGCUACAAUAACCUCAUCCAUUAUGGCAAUGUCAAAUCUAAUAUCUACAACAAAUACUUCAAAGGAAUUGUCCUUAGCGGAGAAAUCUAAAUUGUCGAUACUUAAGAAGGCUCAGAGGAAGGAGAGUUUCAAAAGCUUGUCGACGACGAAACCGCCCGUGCUGUUACAGGUGACGAGGAAACUGCCAACAGUGGUGAUGGUAGAACCACCAGAGACCAACGAGCCGUGGCUGCGUGCGCGCGAAGUUUCUGACGACGCACCUGAACAUUUGGAUAAGGUUAAACGACUGAUGCGCAAAAAGCUCAUAGCUAACGCCAAGAACAUUCAAGAUUUGACAGACAAUUGGGACGACUUGGUUUGCGACUACAUCGAUACAGCCUUGCUGGAAAAUGGAGCGUCGUUUCUGUAUACGAACUACGUUAAAUUCUGCAUCAUACUGUAUGGAACAAUUGGUUUUUCGAUUAUGCAAUUAGAUUUCUUUUUUAUAUUUAUCGAGAAUGUAUAUCUAUUCUAUAAUAAAUUAAAUGUUACAGGAGUUGAUGAAACCUGGGCUCCGUCAAUGGCGAACGUAGCAGAACGCGAGCUGACCGCGCUCCUGAGUGCCCAUCACCACCUGAAAGAUGUGGCAUCCUCAACGUCGUAUUCACCAGCCAGCAAUAUCCGUACACUCGAGACCUUAUCAGCUAAAGCUCUGGAUCCCCGAGUUCGUAGAGAGUGGGACGCCUUCAUUGCAGCCAACAACUCCCAGAACUGUGUUUUCUCACUUUCUAUAGCUUUUUUAGCUUUAUUAUACAACUUACAAAGAUAUAACUAG